ACCGGAAGAUGCACUGCUGGAGUUGGCGUGGGCUUUGCCCUUAUGAUUGCUCCAGUUUACUCAGCAGAGAUUUCAUCUCCUUCCUCGCGAGGGUUAUUGACUUCUCUACCGGAGCUUUGCAUCAGUUUUGGCAUCUUACUUGGUUACGUAUCCAAUUAUUUCUUCGGAAAAUUGACUCUGAGACUUGGCUGGAGGAUGAUGCUUGGCGUUGCAGCAAUCCCUUCAUUUGCCUUAGCUUUUGGCGUACUGAAAAUGCCAGAGUCUCCCAGAUGGUUAGUACUACAAGGUCGUUUAAGUGACGCCAGGAAAGUCCUGUCACUGGUUUCCAACACAGAAGAAGAAGCUGAAUCUCGGUUUCGUGACAUAAAAGUUGCAGCUGGGAUAGAUGCAAAUUGCAUCCAGGAUGUUGUCAAGCCUCCUAGUAACAGCCGCGGCCAAGGCGUGUGGAAAGAACUUUUGCUGAGGCCUACACCCACCGUACGUUGGAUCCUGAUCGCCGCCAUCGGAAUCCAUUUCUUCGAGCAUGCAACGGGUAUUGAAGCAGUCAUUUUAUACAGUCCAAGAAUUUUCAAGAAAGCCGGAGUCAAAGGCAAGGACAAGCUUUUGCUCGCCACAGUUGGGGUAGGGCUUACUAAGACAACGUUCAUCUUAGCAGCCACAUUUUUACUAGACAAAGUUGGGAGACGACGCCUUUUAUUGAUAAGCACCGGAGGAAUGGUUGUAGCCUUGACAGCGUUAGGAUUCGGCUUGACCAUGGUAGAGCGAACUGGGGAAAAGCUUUUAUGGGCACUAAGCCUUUGCAUUGCAUCUACAUAUAUUUUUGUAGCUUUCUUCUCAAUUGGACUUGCGCCCGUCACCUGGGUUUACAGUGCAGAGAUAUUUCCUCUGAAGUUAAGGGCACAAGGAGUCGGUAUCGGUGUGGCUGUCAACAGGGUCAUGAAUGCGACGGUCUCCAUAAGCUUUAUCUCAAUCUAUAAAGCAAUUACCAUCGGAGGUAGCUUCUUUAUGUUUGCCGGAAUAGCUGUGGUGGCCUGGUGGUUUUUCUUCUUCCUAUUGCCAGAGACCAAAGGAAGGUCCUUGGAAGAGAUAGAGACACUCUUCACCAGGAAGACAAAGCCUAAAAAAAAAGGCUUGGAAAUUCAGCCGAGAAGCAACGCUAAAACCUAGAACUGGCGUUCUUCGGAACGCCAACUUCUACAUGUAUAACCCAAUGUAAAAUAACAGUGUUGCUAUGCACAAUCAAGUUGAAUUAGAUCGUGAGAAAAGUUGAUU